CAGAACGUCCUUGAAAAAUGAAAAGGUCCACAAACUCACAACACGUGCACAAUGUCCAUCAUGCUGCAAACAAAUCCCCGGGUAGCGAUGAAUAGGCCUAAUAGCACUGGCUCGUCGGAUAAAUUAUACAGCCCCUGGUUUUGCGAGCUUCGUUCAUGCGGAGAGAGAGCAAUCACUUCACUAUCUCAGGCGACAAAACCAAAUGCAGGACAACCAGUACCUCUUCUCUGUGAGGCAAUGGAUAUGCCUUCAGUUCCUGGUCCCAAUGCUCUGACCUUAACAGGGUCAGAUGGGUUAGAGGUAACGGCUUCGGAGACAACUGUCGUCGCCAGUAACAGGAGGGUGACAACAUUUAUUGUAACGGUUGUGGAUCUUGGCAAUGAGUUUACCUGUUCUCUGCUAGACUCUGAUGGGACAACAGUUGUUGAUCGUCAGACCAUCUCUGUCAAUGUCUAUGUUCUGCCAUUCUUGCAAUCACCGCCUACAAUUGUCUUGGACUACCUCGUAAGCACUGAGCUGACCGUCUCUUGGCUACCAUGGGCAACGGACGGUCUCGGCGAUGGACCUGUUUUACGCUACGAAGUCGUUUAUCGUAACAAGACUAAUGUAGAGGGUGAUACUUCAUAUGACUACAAGCUCGGGUUGGAUUCGAACCAGACGACAACGGCAAGAGUCACAGGGCUUCGCACUGAGCAGGAGUAUGACUUCGCUGUGGUGGUCGUGCGAGAGGGGGAAGGAGGAGCAGGGAAGCCAAGCAACAAAACAACAAUAACAACAAGAUGUGCAGUGCCAACAUCGGCACCUAUAGUUGUCUCUUUGACUGCCAUUGGACCAACCGAGCUGCAGCUAGUGUGGAGGUUGCCCCCUCCUUCAACCUGGGGCUGUCGAAACACACCCAUCAGUAUUCUAAUAAACCUUAAAGAAUCCUCAGAGGAUUAUUUUGGAUUCCCAGUCGCUAUUGAGACGGCAGAUCCUCCUGGUGUCUUCAACGUCACUAAUCUCUUGUCGUGUACUACGUACGAUGUUCAGUUGUAUUACACUACGAGCGCUGGGUUCAGUCCUCCUAGUGAGGUGAUAAAUGGCUCCACACCCAGAACAGCGCCACCAAGAGCAAGACUCUUCAGUCUUGGCAAUGCCCAAGAUGGGGUCGGACUUUUCGCUCAAUGGUCACCACCCGAAGGCCCAGCAAAACGCUGCGACACCGGCAUGUACCACGUCCACUACACACUGUUGAGACUCGAGGCAUGUGAUACGGAUAUAGUGUCGCCAACCACUUAUGUCAAGGUUAUCGGUGAUGGCUCUACGAGUACUACACUUGAUGACUUGGUUCCGUACGCAACCUACAAUGUGUCGGUCGUUUCUACUAAUGAAGUUGGAAUGUCAGAUGAUCCAACCAGAACAUGGACAACCGUCGCCGCAUUUGCAACAGUCCUACCACCCGUACAAGUAACUGAUGUGACAGCUAGAUCAUUUAUCAUCCGAUGGGUACGCAUUCCAUGCGAAGAUCUCCAUGGUGACUUUACAGCGUACAGAUACUUUGUGACUAACAAUAAGUCAGCAGAACAGACUUCAAGCUAUAUUUACGAUAUCGAUGUCACAACGGAGAGGUUGAUGUAUCGGACCCCGUGUUCACCGUACGAUAUACAGAUGACUCUGUAUAAUGAUUUGGGGGAAGGAGAUCGAAGCGAGAAUGUCCGAGUUACUACUGAUGCAGAGGUGCCCCCGUCUGUCCCGAAUGUUGUCGCAAGCUCUGUUGACGAAAAUCCUUCCGAACUCAGCCUAACUUGGGAUGAGCCACAAAGUUGGUGCCCUAUCGAAUACUAUAAAGUCAGCUAUGAGCUUGUGAACAAGUUCAUGUGUGAAACUCAUGAUGAAGGUGUCCACAUCGUGGCUGGAAACGCUACCCAGUUAUCCUACACCAUCAUGGAUCUCUUUCCAUUUUCUACGUACUUUGUGUACGUGGAGGGUUUCACAGAAGGCGCAGGCUUCGGAAUGCCUGGAAGGACUGUUCAGGACACUGCGGAGAAAGCUCCAACAGCAGCACCGGAUAGGUUGGAAGUUGGUCAAGUCUUUCGGAGAGAACUUUCAUUCUCUUGCGGCUACCCACCAUGUACUGCUGGAGGAAGGUCUAGUCGCAUUCUCGGUUUUACCUACAACUUGACUGACCUUGUGAAUCCUGGUAACCCGUCUAUUGUGAUAGAGGGUGAGAACUCUCGUCAAGUCUUUGACGGUCUGGUACCUAACACACGGUAUUCUCUACAAGUGAAGCUACGAACCAACGCUGGUGAUGGUCCAUACAGCGAACCUAUUGAAGCUACCACAUUAGAAGAUAGGCCAGGGCCACCGUCAAAUGUAACCAUUAGUGAAAUAGGAGAAACAACAAUGACCGUCACGUGGGAAGUACCUAUUGAACCCAAUGGAAUUAUCACCGCCUACGAGGUUUAUUCUAGAGCUAUAGAGAAACCUUACAACCCUUCCUUCACAUCACCAUCUUCUUGGGUGGGUUCCCCCUUGCUUGGACCCUCUGUACUCUCAAACAUCAUUACCCAACUGGAUCCCGGUACAAAGUAUCAAAUCCUACUGACAGCUCGGACUGCGGUUGGAACAGGGGAGGACGCCUCAGUUGAAGCAUUUACAAAACCCAAAACAGAUAUUCCUAAACCAGCCCCACCUACUGUAGACACAUCGACCUCAACUGCAACCACUGUCGCUAUCUCGUUACCCAAUGACGAGGAUGACACCUAUGUGACAUCCUACCUCAUAGCUGUGAAAAAGACAUCCAAUAAAAGAGCAGCAGUAGACAUAGAUGGUGAGGUAUUCGGUAGCUAUAAUGAGAACCCAAAUGCCUACAUAGCUGCUGAGAUUGCCAAAGGAGACAAGACCAAUAGUUUUGUUGUCGGAGACGGUGCGAUGUAUGGGGGCUACCUCAACGCCCCACUUGUUACGGGGACGACGUACAGUAUUAGAACUGGAUCAGCAAGUAAAACAGAUACAGCCUCAAUUGUAAGUUGGAGUGAACCACUAACAGCCGAAGUGCGAAGCUAUGGCUCCAGACCACCAGCAACUAUGAGACCUGACAUAACUGACCCUCCUCCGAUGGCAGGUGACAAUAAAGUGGGCAUCAUCGCAGCUGUAGUCAUUGUAGUUGUUCUACUCGUUGUUGUUUCUGGAUUUGCAGUUCUGUUCUAUUUGAAAAAGAAAAGAGAUGCACAAGAGCCAGCCAGCACAGUUGAUCAAACCCAAAUGAAAGAACGAGAAGUGGAAAUUUAGACUUCAAGUAAGGAAGAGAGACACGACUGAAGGGCGGAAGACCUGAGAAACAAACUUUGUAUAGGUGAGUCAGUACUGGAUCAAACAUCUCUGUCAGCUGACCUCCCUAAUACUUUGUAUAUAACUCUUGACUUGGCGUGUCGUGAGUCCGAGUUGCUGAGUCAUCAGGGUGGGGGUUCGAAUCCCAAUCAUGACACUUGUGUCCUUGAGCAAGACACUUAACUGUAAUUGCUUCUCUUCAUAAAAAUAAUAAUAAUAAUAAUAAUAAUAAUCGUAUUUGUAUGCGCCUUUUUCCAAAGUAUACAAAGUGCCAAGUAUUUCCUGCAACCUGAGUGGGACGAGGUUUUGAGUUGAGACCUAAUCCUUAGCACCAUGUACAUGUACUGGUUUACAAGGCGCUGUGGCGCAAUAUGCUGCCAAUCUAGCCAGGAUCACUGGUGCAAACCCUUUCUGUUUGGGUUCAUUUACGUGCGUUACACAACUGACAGGACCAACGGUUUUACGUCCCAUUUAAAGGACGAAGCAAUGGCUAAGUGUCAUCCUUUUAAAGGACACAAGUGUCACGACUGGGACUCUAACCCAGGAUUAUCCUGGGUAUUUGUGAGUACCUGUGAGGGCAGAGAUGGUUCUUGUGGUUAGCUUGUUGCGCUUUGGCAGCACAGGCUGUAUACAUGUACUCCACAGAGAGCUGAGACGGUUUGCAGGAAUGUCAUGUAUGGCCCAGUGACAGGGGUAAAAAUGUGUCAAACACAAUGAUUAUUGUGAAAACCAAAUACAUACAAGCAAAUCGAAAGUACUUGAUUUUGAGGCAAAAUUUGUGCCGUUUUUGUUGCCAUUUUUGUGCAACUCAAAAAUGCCUAUAGAAAAUGGUUUUAAAUGUUAUUUGAAAAUUGUACGUACCAAUGUACAUAAAUCUUGUUUUAUCAAAUAUCAAUUUAAUCACAGUGAAGCUUGGAGAAAAAAGUAUUUGUUAUUUUUGAAUGGGAAACAAUCACCCUAAUACAUUUUACAUUUGAGACUCAUGAAUUAUAGUCAAGUACAUGUUAAAACAUUCCUAUCAUUACCACGAAUUAUAAUUGUAAGCCACAAUAAAGAAAAACAAACCUUUUCUAACAAGUUGUUCUGGGCCAAAAUUUACAGUUUAUUAAUUUUAAUGCACAAAAAACAAAAACAAAACAGUAAUUAACAUUAUCUUGUUGUAAUUUUGGUAAUUUGUGUACCACAUUUUUUGUUUAUCUUGAUAUCUUAGUUAUUAAUUGAUUUUGGAUUAUAAUGAUGGAGGUUAUUACGCAUAGUGCCUGUGAUGGAUUUCACAAAGAUAGUACUAACUUAGGACUAGUCCUAUUAAAAACUUGGGGCUAGUCCUAAGUUUGGACGA